AUAUAUAAGACCUCCUUCCCUUGCAUUUCUGCUCACAAAUAUAGCCAGCCUUGUGCGGCUCUUUACACUUCUUGCUUUGCACUUCUUCCAUACGAUGGAUACUCCAACGCUCCUCUAUUAUGUUCUCUACUGCUUCAUCUUCUUCCUUCUUUCAGGUCAACAACUGGUGCAAGGACGUCGUUCAGCUCAUCACCACCACCACCACCACCGGAAGCACCAUCAUCACAUCUCUGCUAAUUUUCACCGACCCCCAAAGCUCUUUGUCUUUGGGGAUUCAUAUGCUGACACUGGCAACAGAAACUCUCAAUCCAACUCCUGGAAUUAUCCAUAUGGCAUCACCUUUCCCGGUAAACCAGCCGGUCGUUUUUCCGAUGGCCGUGUACUGACCGACUAUGUUGCUGAAUUCAUGGGGGUAAAAUCUCCAUUUCCAUACCGAAGGAGGCAUCUUGUGGUGAAAAACUUGAAAAAUGGAAUGAAUUUCGCUUAUGGAGGAACGGGAGUAUUUGAUACCUUGUUCUCGGGUCCAAACAUGACGACCCAGAUCGAUUUCUUCCAACAGCUCCUCAGAGACCAUGUGUUUACUGCUAAUGAUAUAGGGUCCUCUGUGGCCCUUGUCACAGUCGCCGGUAACGACUACACUACUUACAAAAGCAAGACCAACGGCUCUUCUCAGGGUUUGCCAUCAUACAUUACUACAGUGAUAAAACAAGUUAUGAUUAAUUUGAAGCGCAUUCGUGGUUUGGGAGUUAAAAAAGUAGCCGUGACAACUUUAGAGCCCGUCGGAUGUCUCCCUGCGAUCACAGCUGUAUCCUCUUUCCAACGAUGCAAUGAGACUGAAAACUUAUUCGUGCGUUCCCACAACCUUUUGUUGCACCAAGCCGUGGCAAAGUUGAACAACGAAACCAAGGGUUCUGAUUUCGCCGUUCUCGAUCUUUAUGCCUCGUUCAUGUCCAUAUUAAAGAACAAAGCUGGAAGAAACCUAGGAAGCAUAAAGUUCGAGAACCCAAUGAAGCCAUGUUGUACUGGUAUAAGCCGUGAGUAUUCCUGCGGUGAUGAAGAUAAGGAUGGAGCGAAGAAAUAUACAGUUUGUGGGAAUCCCAACUCAACGUUCUUUUGGGACAAUGUGCAUCCUUCGCAGGUGGGAUGGCGUGCUGUGUCUUCAGCCCUGCAUCCCACUCUUGAACAACUAAUUUACUAGAGUUACCGAAAAUUAACAAGGUACGUAGGGAGCACAAAUGUUAAUUUUGAUGAUCAUGUUUGUUUGUAUUUUCCUUGUUUGAUCUACCGUCUACGUCCUUAUUCGUCUCUUGUACGUUAAGCAAUCUGACUUCCUUGUAAUACGUACGGUUUGGGUUUAGAUGAUGAUCAUGAUGUCGUAGAAAAUUAGAUUUUUUA